AUAAUGAUGACCGAAGGGCAAGUGGUUGUGUUGUGAGGUGCCCGCUGCAGUGCGUGCCCACUGCCCACUGCCCACUGCCCACUCUGCCCAAGACAGAGGCCAGAAAGUCAAAGCCUCAUUUUAAUUAAAUCAAGUGGUGCGAUGGAAUCCCUUUUCCUCCACUCAUUUUCCGCCCGGGAGAUUCUAGAAGAGCACGACACGAACUAAUGAGAUGGCUUGCUUAAGCGUCAUUCGCCCCACUCUUUGCUCUCGCCCUGUGUGUGUGCCCACAGCUGUGUGUAUUCUUUCUUUUUCUUGGGGGGGGGUUUUUUUCCCCCCGUCUUGGUUGUUGCUCAGUGUUCCAGUUGACUGCUGCAUUGCACUUCUUUUUUCUUUCCCGGCAGGUUCCGAUUUAUGGAUAUCUGGAAUUAUACGGUUAUAUUUAUGGAUAUAUUUAGCUAGUCAGAUAUUAAUCAGCGUCAUUCUCAGCUCCUGCUCCCGCUUCUCCUCUUCCUCCUCCUACUUACCCCAUGAUGAACUAGACCCAACCCGACCGGACCUGAACGAGGCCAGGAAGUGGGGGGAGAAGGGCCGAUCGUAUACACGGAGGGAAUAGCUCUGUCGUUGGGACGGGGGGCCGAUGCUGCUUUUAGUUUAAGUACAAGUACAGCACCAGCACCAGCCAUGGCCAAGAACCUGGCUGAAUGUACGGAGUAAGUAAGGUGAGGUAGUGAAAUUAGUCAAUCAGGCCAA